AUGAGUAAUUAUAAUAACUCAGAUAUAUCAAAAAGAUAUGUAGAAAAUGAUGAAAAUGUUUUAAUACAUGAAAACAGGAAAAAUAUUAAUUAUAGAAAUAUAAACAAUAAAUUUUAUAAAAAUAAAAAUUUUAAUGAAAAAAUAAAUAAAAAACAAAUCUUAGAAACUGAACAUAAGAGUAAAAUAAAUUUGUCUAUUAUUAAAACAAAAUUAAUAGAAAAUAAUAGUGAAAAUUUUUUAAAUAUUAAAGAUGAUACAAAAUUACAUAAAGAAAUAAAUGAUACAGAAUUAAAAGAAAAUGAUAAAAUAAAACACAAAAGAGAAGAAAUUAAAGAAAUAGCUAAUAUAUGCAUAGAAAAAAAUCUAGCAGUGACAAGUGAAAAUAUACAAAUAGUAAGAAAACUGAAAGAAAAAAGAAUCUUGGAAGAGCAAAUAAAUAAAAAUGAGAAUAUUAAAAAUCUACAAGAGAAAAGAAGAAUUUUAGAAGAAAUAGAGUUUCAUGAAUGGGCUGAUAGGGAAAAAAGAAUAAAAGAAUUACAAGAAAAAAAAAUGAAAUUAUUAAAAAGAGUUAUUGAGCAAAGGAAUGCAGAAAAGGCUGAUAAAAUAUUUUAUGAAGUAGAAAAAAUUAUACAAAAUAAAGAUGAAAAUAAGGAUAAAAUAAUUGAAAAUUUUGAAAAAGAAAAAGCAAGAGAUAUGAGAAAUUUAUUUGUGGAAAGAAAAAACAACCUCAAAACAAUUUUUAAUCAAAAAAAUGAUAUAGUAGAUGAGAUGAAUGAUUACACCUCAAAUCAUAAUUUGCAAUUAGAAAGAAAUGGAAUAAUUCCAAAUAAAAUAAAUGAUGAAAUUUCAAAUAAAAUUGAUAAUUUAUUCAAUUUAAAUAAUAUGAAUGAAUUAGAUACUACAUUUGAUAAAUCUUUUAAUCAUACAUAUGGUGAAAAUAAGUAUGAUAAAUUUUCUAAAUAUGAAAACAAAAAAAAUAAGCAUAUAAUAGAUACAUUCCACAGGUAUUUAAAUAAAGAAGAAAAAAAACAUACAGCUAAUGAUUAUUUGAUAAGUGAUACUUUUAAAACACAAAAAAAAACACAGUGUACGAAAAUAACUUUCCCUCAAAUAGUUGUAAAAAGCAUUGAAGAAGAUAAUUUUGAAAAAAAUAUUUUAUAUCUACAAAAUAUAUUAAGAGGAAAAGCAAUAAAAACAUUAAUGAAUGAUGGAAUAAAUUCUUAUAGCGAUUUAAUUGAAGAAUUAAAAACAUACGAAAAAAUAGAUCAAUAUAGUAUAAAUGAAAAAAAAUUAUUUGAAAAGGAAAAUUUUGAGUCAAUUAAAAUUGAUUCUUAUGUGGAAAAUAUUCAAGGGAAAUAUAUAUCAGAAUUAUUGGAUAAACUUUCUAAUGAAUUAGAGAAAUAUGAAGAAGAAAGAAAAAUAGCUGUGCUAGUAAAAUAUGCAGAGAGAGAAAGAAGAUUAAAAGAAUGUAAAGAAAAAGGAAAAAGGCAAGCUGAAAUUUUAUUAAGAGAAAAAGAAGAUUAUUUAUUUAAUGAAAUAAUGGGAUUAAAUAAUCAAACUGUUGAUUCUUAUUUAGAAGAUAUUUUAGGUAAGGCAAUAAAUGAUGCAUCUAAAGAGGAAGCGUUAAUAAGAACAAAAAAAAAAGCUGAACAAUUAAAUGAUAUUUAUAACUCUUUAGAAAAUAACGACGAUAAAAAUAAACUUAUUAUUAAAGAUUUAGUUGGAAACUUUAUUAUUCCAUAUGUUGAUAAGCAAAGAGGAAUGGAAUUUGAUCAAUUAGAACAAAAAAAAAAUGAUUACGUAUCUAAUUUCGCAACACAACAUGUAUUUUCAAAUAUUAAUCAAGCAUUUUAA